UCGGAGGUCACGGUGGCCGUAAGUGGAAGCUGUGUUGCGGUUGGUGGGAGGGUGGAGAGGAGGAGGGGCUUGAGCAUACGACUUCCUGUUUCCGGCCGGUGGGCACAAGGCAGAGGGGAGGGAUUUGGAAGAGAGAGUUUAGAGUUCGAGCUCUCUGAUCUUGCGGUUGUGGUGCUGAGGCGAGCAGGUCUGAACCAGCUAUUGAUUAAAGAUGAGUCUCCAGUGGACAGCGGUUGCUACCUUCCUUUAUGCUGAGGUCUUUGCUGUGCUGUUGCUCUGCAUUCCUUUCAUUUCUCCUAAAAGAUGGCAGAAGAUCUUUAAGUCUCGCCUGGUGCAGCUGGUGGUGAGCUAUGGUAACACCUUCUUCGUGGUUCUCAUUGUUAUUCUGGUUCUGCUUCUCAUUGAUGCCGUGCGGGAGAUCAGGAAGUAUGAUGACGUGACAGAGAAGGUGAACCUGCAGAAUAACCCUGGGGCCAUGGAGCACUUCCACAUGAAGUUGUUCCGGGCCCAGAGAAACCUCCACAUCGCUGGCUUCUCUCUGCUGCUGUCUUUUCUGCUCAGACGCCUGGUGACCCUUAUCUCCCAGCAGGCCACACUGUUGGCUUCCAACGAGGCCUUCAAAAAACAGGCUGAGGGUGCCAGUGAAGCCGCCAAGAAAUACAUAGAAGAGAAUGACAAGUUGAAGAAGGGAGCUGGCACUGGGGUUGGCAAAUUGGACCUGAAAGAUGAAGUGCUGGCGGAGAACAAAAACCUGAAGGCCGAGCUCAAGAAACUGACUCAAGAGUUGGCUGUAAACAAGCGAAGCCUGGAGAAAGCAGAAAAUGAGGCUUUGGCCAUGCGCAAGCAGUCAGACGGGCUGACCAAAGAAUAUGACCGUUUGCUGGAAGAGCAUGCACGCCUCCAGGCUGCUGUGGAUGGUCCUACAAACAAGAAAGGAGAGUGAAGGGUUGGUGUCCUUCCUCCCCAAGUUCCUCUCCUUCCAUCAGCUGGCUUCCAUUCCUACCCAGUACAACCAGCCACCUCCCUCUGGGUCACCUUGGAAGGGAGGAGGGCAGGGAUGUGCUCCCUGCUCCAUGCAACCCUCAUUUGUUUGGUUUUGGGGCCCAUGCCCUUCCCCAGGCUGACACAACUGCUUUUGACAUUCCCCCCACUUGGACCACAGAACUGCAGCCCCAGCCCCAGUCCUGUGCUUGCCUUACCCUGAAUCCAGAGGACAGCCCCAGCGUUGGGGAUGGAAGAAGAGAGCUUCUUCUUCAGAGUGCCUGGAGGUGAUUGGGCCCCUUCUUGCUGCCCCUGCCCCCAUCCCAAAUCUACCUUCAUCUCUCCUUCCUUGUCUUCCCCAGAAAGAACAGAGGGUUGGCAGUCUGGGGAGAGGGCCCUUGUUUGCUUGGGCUGUGGUUCAAGGUCUGGCGUGGUGCUCCUUUUACCCUGUGCUUUUUUUCUUGGGAUGAGGACUCUUGUGUUCUCUCCAGUGCGGGUACUUCUGGGUUUUGUCUGGGCAUGGUUCCCUCCUGUGUGCACACAGAGCUGCUCUUGGAGAAAUAAACUUUGUUCAUCAAA